GGUAAAUUCAUGGUAUAUGCAUGUUGAGUUACGAAUUGGUUUUGGACCGGGAGAGAUCGUCUCGUAUACUCGUUGCAUUUAAACGAGCGCAUAUAUUUUGGAUAUAUAUGCGGUAAACGAGCGCAAGUGAUUAAAGUUUGACAACAAACAUAAAGGAUAAUUUAUGACGUGGCUAACAUAUUAACCACACUGGGAAAACUCAAGGAUAUUUUGUUGAUUUGGUUAUUAUGGGGCGGCUAACAAUUUGGUUCCUACUGGGACUUACGUUAAUCGCCGUUAGCAACAAUGUUGGGUUUGCCAAUGCCGAAGUUGGACCAAGCGAAUCAGAGUGUCGACCCUAUAUCGAAAAAGCUAUAAAUGAACUGAAAACAGAUGGUGUCACUGGUAAGGAAGAUUCGGGAGAACUGCAAUCUGAUCAGCCUAGGGAUGAUGAUGAUGAUGACGAUGACGACGACCACAACGACGAUGAUGAUGAUGAUGAAGAUGCGAAAAGCGCCAACGACAUUGACGGCGAUGGCAUACCAGAUGACCAGGACGAUGACAUAGACGGCGAUGGCAUACCAAAUGAAGAGGACGACGACAUUGAUGGCGAUGGUAUUCCAAAUGAAAAGGACGAUGACAUAGACGGCGAUGGCAUACCAAAUGAUGAAGAUGACGACAUUGACGGCGAUGGCAUACCAAAUGACAAGGACGACGACAUUGAUGGCGAUGGUAUUCCAAAUGAGCAGGAUGAUGAUAUUGAUGGCGAUGGUAUACCAAAUGAUCAAGAUGACGACAUUGAUGGCGAUGGUAUUCCAAAUGAAGAUGAUGAUGACAUGGACGGCGACGGUAUACCAAAUGAAAAAGACAGGGAUCUGGAUGGCGAUGGUAUACCAAACAAAGAGGAUCGCGAUAUGGAUGGCGAUGGCGUGUCCAACGAAAAAGAUAAAGAUUUGGAUGGUGAUGGUAAAGAUAAUCACGAGGACGAGGAUCUUGAUGGGGACGGUACCCUUAAUCACGAGGAUGAAGACUUGGAUGGCGAUGGCUUGCCAAACGAAAAGGAUGAAGAUUUGGAUGGUGAUGGCAAAGCAAAUCACGAGGAUGAAGACAUUGAUGGUGAUGGCACUUUGAAUCACGAGGACAGCGAUAUUGAUGGCGAUGGUGUGCAUAACGAUGAGGAUCAUGACGUUGAUGGUGAUGGCCUUACCAAUUCUGAAGAGCCACAGAGCAUGGAUAUUGAUGGGGAUGGUGUGCCAAACAGUGAGGAUGAUGACAUUGAUGGCGAUAAAUUGGUAAACGAAAAGGAUGAUGAUAUGGAUGGCGAUGGCAUUUUAAAUCAGCAUGACAAUGACAUGGACGGUGACGGAGUACCAAAUGCGCAUGACGAUAGCCAGGAGGACGAUGAUGAAGAAGAAGAAGAGGAAGCCGUUAAGAAACGUAAGAAGCGUGAGGUUGAUGCUGCACCUGUGCUAGAUAUGCAGGAGCCACCAAAUCCAGCUGAUGAAUUCCCCGCAGAGGAGGAAGCGCCUAAGGAAGCAUCUGCUGAAGUUGAGGUAGAAGCACAGCCUGCUGUUGAGGAGGAACAUGAGCAGGAAGCAGAGCCAGAGCCUGUUGCAGCAGAAGAAUCUAAAGAAGAAGAGGAAAAGCCAGUUGAAGAGCCUGAACAGGAAGCUGAGCCAGAGGCGCCAAAGGAGGAUUCUGCAGAGCAUGCUGAGGACAAGCUAGAAGAAUCAGAUGCACCCGCUGAAGCUGAGCAAGCAGCUGAAGCUGAUGGUGAAGACGACACAAUGCCAGAAGAUGAAUUGCUUUGGGAGGGUGAAGUGCCUCAAAACCGUCGCAGCCGUCAACACAUCAGUGAGCUUUUGCAGCUGGAUGAGGAAUUCAAUGCGCGUGAAAAGGCCACCGACAAUGUGGCCGAGAUCAUCUUGCGUGACAUAAAGAAAAUUUACGAAAAUGCUGUCAAGCCACUGGAAACUUUGUACAAGUACCGUGACUUGAGCAAUCGUCAUUUCAGUGAUCCAGAGAUUUUCUCUAAGCCUUUGAUUCUCUUCAUGGGCCCCUGGUCUGGCGGCAAGUCAUCUAUACUGAACUAUCUGACCGAUAAUGAAUAUACAGCCAAUUCGUUGAGAACCGGAGCGGAACCAUCUCCGGCUUACUUCAACAUACUUAUGCAUGGCAAUGAGACCGAGGUCUUGGAUGGCACACAGCUGGCAGCUGACUACACCUUCGCAGGUCUGCAAAAGUUCGGUCAAGGUCUGGAGGAGCGUCUGCGUGGCCUGAAGUUGAAGAGCAAGCUACUCGAAAAAGUCAACAUCGUUGAGAUACCUGGCAUACUCGAGGUACGCAAGCAAGUGUCUCGCGUCUUCCCCUUCAAUGACGCUUGCCAGUGGUUUAUCGAUCGCGCCGACAUUAUCUUUUUGGUCUACGACCCAGCCAAAUUGGAUGUUGGCCCAGAGACCGAGGCCAUACUCGACCAACUCAAGGGGCGCGAGUAUCAGACUCGCAUCAUCUUGAACAAGGCGGACACAGUAAAGCCUGAAGAGCUUUUGCGUGUGCAGGGUGCGCUCAUUUGGAACAUUUCGCCGCUGAUGUCGUCGGCCCAGCCGCCACUCAUGUACACCACAUCGCUGUGGACGCAUCCGUAUCAGGAUGGCGCCCCAGCACGUCUGCUGCUGGCCCAGGAGCGCGCCUUCCUGCGUGAUCUGCGCACCGCCAUCGACAAACGUAUUGAGCAUAAGAUUGCCAGUGCCCGUCGAUUUGCCGUGCGUGUGCGUAACCACGCCAAGAUGGUCGACUGCUAUUUGAACACCUAUAACAAUCACAAGACGCUCUUUGGCAACAAGAAGCGCAUCGCUGAUGAUAUUAUUGACCAUCCACAGAAUUAUCACAUCUACGAGGGUCUAUCCACGCUGACAAAUAUCUCGCGCUAUGACUUGCCCGAUCCUGAGGUCUAUCGCGACUUCUUCCGCUUGAAUCCACUGUAUGAGUUCAAGAAACUCACGGACACCUGCACCUAUUUCCGUGGCUGUCCCAUAACCAAGCUGGAUUUGGCCAUUGCCUAUGAGAUGCCAGAGCUGGCGGGCAAAUACAAGAAAAUGUCAGAGGCAGCGCUGGCCGGCAUUGAGGCCCAGGCAGAAAAGUCAGAAGCUGAGGCGAGCAAUGUACAGGCUGAGCCCAAAAAGACGAGUUGAGGUGUUGGCUCCUUUAAGGAGAAUGCCUGCCAUUUAGUUUGUUUUAAUGAGAGAUAGUGAGAAUGUGACAUAGGCCAUGGUAACCGUCUACCGACAAUAAACUGCACCAACAGAUAUAGAACGUGAGAGAGAGAGAUACAGAGAGAGAAUGAGCGAGAGCAGCGUGAGAGUAAUAUACACUAUACACUAUAAUAGAGCAUAAAUAUUGGUUAACGAAUUUGUUCAUCGACGAUGCAAACAACAGCGUAAGACCAAAAAA